GAGAAAAAAACAUCUGGAUUUUCGAUAAUUAUUGACAGAUCGUGGACUGUCUUUCAGGAAUUAUUUUACUUUUGUUUUGAUGCUCCUUCGAGAACUCGUGCGCGGCGUGUCACCGGAGCUGUCAAAUCGUUUUAGUGGAUAACAGUUAUUUGUUUUCAUUUGAUAUUUCAAUCGAAUACGAAUGUUCGAAGAAUAUCGAUAAAUCUUGUGCGCGGCUCCAUCGACCGGUUGUGUUUUCCUGACUAUCGCGUUCCCCGAGACUCAUCGAUCCGACUCUGACGUUUCCUCGAUCCACAGGGGAUCCCCCCAUUCCCGUAUUUCCGAGUGUUUUCGACAUCGAAUCGCCACCGCUUUCGUACACCACCGUUCAACCUCUUUUGACCACCACUUCUCCGCCGGAACGUCGUCAUCUUCGAGCACCAUCUCCGACCGACUACACUCGCAGGCGCUCUCCAAUCUGCGCCCACCCACUCACCACCACCAUCAACGUCACGAUUUUUCUUUGCCACCACCAACUCUCCUCACGCUCAUCUCUUUUUCGCUGUCUCUCUCCCACCCACCCUCCCCUCGAUCGUCAGCCGGGACCACCACUCGUGAUCCCGCGAUUCAACAAUACGCUUCGCGAACUGUGACCGCGGUUGUGGCGCGCGCGCGCCUUCACGAGAUCGAUCGAGCGAAAUCGCACGCGCCCACCCAAUUAAUAUAUGUAUACGUGUAACGUACACGCACGAUUGUCCGAUAUAUCACCUGGGAAAAUCCUCCGUGUGCAUCCAACGGCAAAGACGACACCCACAAGUGUCACCUUCGUUUCUCUCUCUCGGAUUUUUCGUGCGGCCAUCCCGUUCGUGCAAUUCCUCACGAUUGCUCGCUGUCGGAGUGCCUUUGCGAAAUAAGGGACUCGUGAAAUUUCGCGCCUGUCGUUGGUCUCGCGUUGAUGGAAUUUCUGGGGAGUUGGAUGAAGAUCGUUACCGAGAGAUAAACAUCGCAGGAAUCUUUUUUGCGGGCUGGGCGUCCGUGCGGAUUGGCAACACUUGAAAAUUCUUCUUCACCACCGGAAAGUUGUCGCGAUCAGUGUCGUUCGUCCGUCGGUUAAAGACUCGUUGAGUUUGAAGAUAAAAUAGACCGGGGCUCGCGAUCUUCAAGCUUUUUCUACAUUUUCUCCCGGGAGACUCGAGUGUGGAUAAGUGAGAAUCGCGUGUUUCCUGUGUUACUAAUCCGUGCCAAGUUCGAACGAGGGAAUAAAACAGAAACGAGCGAUAUAAAUGAGAAAUAGUGCGGGAGUGUUACAGUGACUCGGUCUCGAGAGACUUCAACGCUGAGACAAGCGGGAUCGUAGGAAUACGCGCUGCUGCUGUCCCAGGCGACGUUUAGGAGACGUCGGGCUACUGGAAAAACGCCUCGUCUUUUUGGACGAGGUGUGGAGCAAGGUGGAGGAGGAGGUAGCUGUCGAUUAUAGACGUGGGACGGAGGGAGUAGAGUGGCGUGCUAUGAUCAGCAUGGAGUUACCCGGUCACGCGUCGCAGCACGGUGCGCUACAUCUCGGGGUUGGCGUUAAUCCCGGUGAUCCAGCGGGCACGGCUCUGGCGGUUAUACAUUCGCAUCAACAGGACCCUCUGGGCCUUCAUCAUCAUCACGGGGGUGGCAACGGCGGAGGUAUGCAUGAGGAGGACUCCGAGAAAAAACAUGACGGAGGUCACGGAAUGAACCAAGAUGGCCAUGGGGGAGUGAACCAGCUAGGCGGCGUCUUCGUGAACGGAAGGCCCCUACCGGAUGUAGUGAGGCAGAGGAUCGUCGAGCUAGCGCACAGCGGCGUCCGACCGUGUGACAUUUCCAGACAGCUAAGGGUAUCCCACGGUUGUGUAUCCAAGAUACUCUCGAGGUAUUACGAAACGGGGAGCUUUAAAGCCGGCGUUAUCGGUGGCUCGAAACCGAAAGUAGCGACACCACCAGUGGUCGAUGCUAUCGCUAAUUACAAGAGGGACAAUCCCACGAUGUUCGCGUGGGAGAUCCGUGACAGGUUGCUCGCGGAGGGUAUCUGCUCCCAGGACAACGUGCCAUCGGUAUCUUCGAUAAAUCGAAUCGUGAGAAACAAGGCUGCGGAAAAAGCGAAACACGCGCAUCAACAACAACAGGCUCAACAACAGGGCCAGCAACAGGGUCAACCAGGCUCUGGUGGAUCGGUAUCUGUGAUAGCUCAUGCACCUGCAACCGCUGGUGGUCAUCCUGCUGCAGCGUCCGCUGCACCAAACGCAUACAGCAUCAGCGGGAUCCUCGGUAUACCGGCUCAUCAUCAAGAUCCUAAUGGAAAUAGCAUCAAGAGGAAACGUACCGACGAUGAUGAUAACCGUGAUCUUAGUGACCAUGCCGAAGACGACCUUAAGAGGCAAAGGAGUAGUUACAACGGCGAUCAGUUGUACUCGAACCUGUGGUCGAGUAAAUGGAGCAUCAAGGACGAGCACAAGCUCCUGAGCGAGCUCGGGGGCGCGGGGGCAGGCGGAGGUAACGGAAAUACCGGUGGCAAUGGUCCCAGCACGGGUGGCGGAGGUAGCGCCGGUGGUGGAGGUGGCGGUAACCCAACCGGAGGUUACUACGAGCACAGUGGAUUCCCCGGGAACGCUAUUGCCACCUCCGCCGAGCUGUACGACUCCCUGGGCACCAUCAGUACAAUGACGCAAGCGCAGACUCCGCAUCUGUACACUCCGCCCAUAGGGGGCACCAUAGGUGGCACAUUAACACCUUUGGCGCCUCUCACCAUGCAGGAAUUGAAGCUGAGCCAAACACUCGAUGGAGCUAAUAUGUCACCGUACCACACGACCGAAGGCAGCACCGUCGCGAUAUCGUACGUCGGAGUCGGGAACGGAACUGGCGAACAAAGUCCACCAGUCUCGCUGCAGAACGAAGGUAACGCUACUCCCUCAGCCUCAAACACGCCUGGCGGUGAUCCCGGACUCACCGUCCUGCAGUCACCGGUCUCCCAGUCUCAAGUAGCCUCCUCGAUACCACCUUACUCAACCAUGUUACCCAGUUUUGGACACUACGCGACAGGCGGGGGCGAUUACGCGUACAGUGCAGCAUAUUCGCAGUACUCGAGCGCGCCAUACAGUGGAUACGGUUAUGGGGCAGCGACAAGCGGGUUGCUCAACUCGACAUAUUAUUACUGCAACGGGGAAACGCUGGCGUCUUCCCACAAUUCGCAGCAGCAUAAUCAUCACCAGCAGCACCAGCAGCAGCACCAGCAGCAGCAGCAGCAGCAGCAGCAACAGCAACAACAGCAGCAGCAACAGGGCAACUGCAACAACGUUGGUCCGGACAGCAGCGCUGACGUAGCGAGUCGUUCGCCGUUGGCAGCGACGCGUGCAAGCAGCGGAGCGAGCGCAGCCUCGCCGACCGGAAGUGCCUGCACGAAGCCCGAUCACGCUUCGACCCCGACCGAUCUCUAUCUCGCUUGAUUGCCGAGGAGGAACCUUUGCAAAGGGCUUCUCGAAUGAUUUCUGACGUUCAAUUGCAACCUCGGCAAAGCUCAUUCGACAGAAUAAAUAAAUAAAGUGAAAAUCGAAAAAAAAAGCUUGAGCAACGACCUCGCGAGACGCGGAAUCGAGUCCUAGGCAGGACGAAGAUCGACGAUCGGUCGAAAGGAAGCCAUAUCACGAAAAACAAACAAACAAACAAAAACCAAUUGACAUUAUAAAUACAUAUUGACCGAUGAUCUCUUCACAGAAGAAAGGAAGGAGAAUAAUAAUUUGUGGGGGAUGAGCUAUACGAAGUCGACAAAACGAAGAUCGAUGACGAUCCGGUGUUUCUCGUACUCUUAAUGAAAUCUUCCCAAUGCCCCCCCUACAGCGAAACAAAAUGAUCCCGAGUGACUGGAACAUCGAUGAUAAACUUUUGAGAAAUAAUUUUUCGUUGACAGUCUUCGGGACAUUUGAUAGAUUAGGUAGAUUAAUUUAUAAUUCCUCCGUUAGUAUUAAAUUCACAAGAAGCUCCCUCGACCCUCUCGAAUCCCAUUCCCUCCUCCCUUUUUAUCCGGAUCCAGCAAUCCCAACGAUAACGUUAGUUGGAUAAUAUCGAUUAUAUAUAAACACAGACACACCCACACACGCACACACACAUACAUAAAUAUAUAUAUAAAAAAACAUUAUUGAGAUUUUUUAAUCACGAGUCGAUUUACGAUCCCCUAACGUUUAAGAAUACUAUAUAUAUUUUUUGUAGAGACCAAAGACCACAUGGAGAAUUAUAACGAGGGUACGAAGAGAAAAGAACGUCGAGAGUAAGGGAGGAAAAAAAGAUACGUUUUUUUUGUUCGAGAUUUUAAAGACGACGAUUUAAUCGGUUUAGAUUCUAAUUCAUCUCGAUGAUGUAGUACAGGACUGUAAAUAAGUAAGAUUUAAUAAAAGAUCUGUAAAUUAAGAGUCGAUCGAUUCGCGACGGUUUGACCGAUUUAUUUAAACAAAUUUACCGACUGACAGGAUCGAAAGGUUGAUUCAUUCACGAAACCCGAGGGAAAGACGAACGACGAAAGUUCUCACUAAAUUCUUGUAAAAAGUACUCUUAAAGUUAUUCGUUUGGUUCGUUCUUGUGGAGAACCACCGAAAAUGCUGCGACGAACUUUUUCAUCGGAAUUCAUUCCCCAAAUUAUCGCAGCCAAUGAAAUCACCGAUGACAAUCCUCGCGAGAACACUUUUGCUCGUUAUUACUCUUUUCUCGUCAUAAAAUCACGCUCGGGAGGCUCGUGACGCACCAAGUGCUCGAUUUUUUUGCUCCAUUCGUCGAUUCAAUGAUUCGUAACUCGACGUUUGAAGUGAACAUUCGAAAAACUCACAUUCGUUCACUUUGAAAAUGGAUUUUCUUUGUUCUGUCAAUAAACGCAUUUUUCACCAGCAAAUAUUUAUAUUUUUCAAUUAUAGAAAUUCAUUUCACAACUUAUUCUAUAAUCUUUUCACUAUCACAAAAUAAAAUAACAUCAAUUAUAAAAUGAUGGAACAACGAUACCAAACGACGACGAAAAUGGUGACGAAUUACCGCUGUUUUGAUUUGCUUAUUUAAUUCCAAGAAAAAAAUGUUUAAACAAAAAAUAAGUUUCACGAAUGAAUCAGUAAGUAGCUGAGAAAACAAAAUUUUAACGGUAAAUCGAGUGGGUUCACGAGAAAUCGGUGUAUUUCGUACGAAUAAUGGGCGGUGCGUAGCGAACGACGAGAGAUGAGUUGGACGAUAACAAAGGCAAAGCAAAAGCGACUGAAUCGAUCAACGUUUCCGUCCUCUCUCAGUCGGGUCCCUUCGAACGUUCUAGAUAAUAUUGUAAUAACGAUACAAUUAUUUUAUUCCACGUACGAGUUAAGACUAACUUUAGGAGACCCCUUAAUUCAUUCUAAAAGCUAUUUAAAAUUUAAUAUAUUGUAGUGACGUGGUAUGGAACUGAAAAAAAAAAAACGAAAAACGUAACGAAAAGAAAAUAAAGACGAUUGAGCGAGAUGUGAACAAAAGAGUGUGCGAGUUGUUGAUGGAAAUAUUUGGGAAGUGUGAAAAAAAAAAACAACAAAAAUAUAUACGUCGAGUGUGUCGAAUGUAUCGAAGCUCAGCGAAUACUCGUUAGAACGUUCGAUUCUCCAAGUGAUAAAGACGAAAAGCAAAGAAGAACCCAAACAAACGAUCAAACAGUAACGGUCUUCGACGUGACAACAGGACGCGAGAGACAAGAAAAACAAACGAGAAAUGGCCGUCAAAAAUGAUCUUGUCAACUUGUACGGGUGGACGCUAUUUACUAUCUUUUUUUUUUUACACAUAUAGAUAUUGUUUUUUCUCGUUUUUGUAAACAAUUUACCGAUGAGAACUUUCCAAACAGGUUAGACAAUUAUUUCCCAAAGUUCAAUAUACCCUCUCCUCUUCCUUCUCCCACUUCCGCAGUAUCCUAAUGAAUCAUCGUGCAUUUUUAUAUUGUUACUUAUUUAGCAAUAAUUGAAGAAAAAAAACACAGUGCGUGGUUGAUGAUAACGAAUAAUGCACGAAUCGUCAUUUUGUUAUCGUUCACAUUAUUAUUGCUAUUAUUAUCAUUAUUAUUAUUGUCUUUAUUCUUAUUGAUUAUAAUUAUUGCUAUUAUUAUUGCUAUUAUCAUUACUAUCAUCAUGGAAUUAAUAUUAUUUGUCAUUACGAUUAUUAUUUAAUGCUCUUUAUUAUUUAUUAAUUGUAACGAUAACAUAUGUGUAAUAAGUUUUGCCAAAGAACUCUUUAAAAAGCAAAAAAAAAGAAAGAAACAAACAGCAACGUUACAACAAACGAAAAGCAAUAUCGCAGAAAAUAUUUUAACCUCGAUCCAUACGAUGGAUGAGUUUUAUGAAACUAUAAGACCGCGACAGUUACUGACACGUAGGAAUGAAAUUAAAAAAAAAAAAAAAAAAAAACAAAGUAAUUUACAUGAAAAAUUGUAAUCCUGACUGAACGAAUGGCAAUAUUUUUGCAAAUUCAAAAUUUGUGAUUCAACGAUCCGCCGGCUCGUUCUAUGGUCACAGCGUACCGCGCAUACCACGAAUAAAGAUUGUUCUUUAUUAUUUUUAUCAUUAUUAUUUCUUUUCUACUUCUUCUUUCCGAUUAUUUAUCCGUGUGAUAUUUCUUGUUCCGUGCGCCACUCUUGCCGAGUCUCGCUGUUGAUCCUUACAUAAACACAAAACUCUGUAAAUCCUUUUUAAAUAAAAAUAUGAGGUUUAUAUGAA